GCUGCGUUUCACGAAUUUCCGAAGUUUCCAGCGACCAAUCGAGAGGGCGCUAUCGUACUAGUGUCGUUACGGAACGACCUAGCUCGUUUAGGACGAAGAUAUUAACCGUGUUGAAGGUCCGCCUGGGUUGGCUAAUAAAGAUAUUCUGGUAACGGGAAAAUAUAAAUAUACACGGCGGAGGGAUGAGUGGAGACUGCGUCCAAUACGAGGGGGCGCUUGUCGAGAUUGAUUGCUCAGUAUUAGGCAUCUAUCGGGGAGUGAUCGAUCGCAUCGAUGAACGCGAUCAAUCGGUGGCCAUCAGAAAUCCAUCGAAGGAUGGCAAGAAACUCGUUCACCCUGAAGUUGUCAUUGCGGCGGCGGACAUUGCGAACAUCCGCUUCGUGAACAAGCUUUCGGGUUCACCCGUUCUCAAAGAACGCAGCUCGCCCAGUUGUGGAGGCCGUUCACCACUGAAGACUCCUCGUCUUGACAAAGAUGGUCAGCGGGUUCAACGGCAGCGGACGAUCUCGAAUUCGUUCUCUACCUCUCGUGCCCGGAGGGACAAAGAGUGUUUUGGUGGCGCGAGUGACGAAGUCUCGUUGCAGGAAGACUUCGACUUUGAGAAAAACCUUGAACUUUUCAACAAAGAGAAAGUCUUUGCAGAAAUUAACCGGGCUCAUGCUGGCGAAAACGUGAUUCGUUUGACUGACUGCAACGUUCGCAAAGAGAAAAAGUACCGUCAUGAUGAGAACGUAAUCGCCAAUUCCGACAAGGUCGUUAGACGAGAUGAUCAAAAACGCCACAACAUCGUUCUUUUCAACGUCGAUUCAGGUUCAAAAGUCCCUGCUGUAGCUCGGUCUACACGUGAUGCCAUCCUGUCCGAGGCAAUCCGACGUGGGCUCUCUAUUGACUGUCUGCGCGAAGCAACUGCCAGAAAUAUUUGCAGCCUAAUUUUACAACAGAAUAACCGUAACACGGUCGUAUUCGUCGUUUCGCCAGAGAAAGUAUCUGCGCCGCUAAACAUCUCGCUUUGCGGAACCACCGCUGCACGUCAAUUAGCCGGUGGAAAGGUCCCGAACAUCUACGUGAUGACGACCCGCUCGGUAACAGCAGAAGACGCUGCGUUCCGUACGGAGCUCGAGCUUGCCGAACUGGCUGGAGUCCAGGUGGUUGACGCAUCUCAUCCGCCGACCAGUGCCGUCGACAUUGUCGUGGGCUGUUCGCUUCACCCGUAUCUAGACCAGUGCGGAAAACGUGCCUGGACCACGGUACUUCUAGUAGAUCCGCCGUUCUAUUCACCGAAUCUUGCCAAUAUUGUCUUGUUUCCGCUACUGCCGCUUCUAUCGUCCGUGCCCACGGAGAAGGAUGCUAAGUGUAAGAUGUAUAUUGGCGAUCUCGCAGUUCCAGCUAAGUUGUACAAAAGUAAAGCAGAAGUGGACGCUGAAGGUCUGUAUCCUCAGGACGGGUUUAUUGCCCGAAUCAAGCGAGCGUAAAGAGGGGUGGGGAAGAGGGAGAAACAGAAAUGAUCGAUAUUGGUACAUCGACAAUGGACGCGAAUGAAGAUAAGGUAAAAGCUGGAAAACUUAUCCGCGGAAAAGUGCAUGUACGAAUUACCAUACGAAAUGCAUGAGAGACAUCAUACACCAAGGUGUGCUAUGUAGGUGAGUCGGACGCUAGACCCUGAAAGCAGGCAUUCGUCGCUAUGCAGACAAUGCACGGAUCUUCUUGACCGGGUGUUAUUUGCCGAUUGGAUGCUUGAUUAGUACCAGUGGGAUGGAAGAAUGCUCUUUACGAGAAAAGUGCAUCUUUUAGGGUUAUUUUCUUCUAUACAUGCAGACAGUAUGCGUACGUAUGUGCCGGUGACAAGGCUGACAGAUCGAUAGCAAAAAUGUACAGCAAGGUGAAGAAGCUAAGGAUAAAGAUUUGGAAGAAAAAGAGUAAUGGGAUGAUACAAAAAUGAUUCAAAUAAUUCGGAUUUCAAAGUAAGCCAUUUGAAAAUCGUCGCAUUGUCCUCUACUGAAGUGCAGAAAGAGGCGGGUUAUUAUGAGAAUACACGGAACGAAGCAUUAUCAGAACACACAGAACUAAGCAUAUGUAUAAUACUUAUAUGACGCUAAAACUGAACGAUGAAGACAUCUGCGGACUGAAAGUGAACCGAGUGAGCGGAAAGAGAUUAAAUGAAAAUAUGGUAGCAAGUACGAACCGAAGUAAUAUAAAAGAAGAAAGCAUGCUUUCGAAGAGGAAUUCAGACGUAAUGGCAUUCAGACGUAAUGGCAGUAGUACUGCAAAGUGCCGAAAAAAACAGGAAGCGAUUAAGAGGAUAAAGACGUGGAGGUAGGGAAUAUUGUACGUAUAACACAGUCCGAGAUAUGCCGCUGCAAGGGUUCAACUGCUCUUGAUUAUUUACAACGAAUCGAGACCUCUGUUCCUUGCUGAGCCCUUCACGACAAAUGAGUCGUAGCAUGUGAUCGACAUAUCGCUUAUUACGGCGCCCGCAUAGUGGAGCAGGUUCGUAUAGCUAGGACCGUGCGGGAUUUCGACAGUGAAAAGGCAAAAGAACUGCGGGGAGAUCAUGGACUUGGUAGCAUGGUAUAGUUAUUAUUAUUGCGAUCAUCAUUCUAAUUAUUAUUAUUACAGAAGUACUAUACACACACACGUAUAUAUACUAUUGCAAGGCUUGGCGGAAAUUCGGAAGCUGUUUAUGGAACGUUAGAAACGCAGAGUAGAAGCAGAGCAAAGGCGUAGAGAACAAAAGACAAAGGUAGAAAACGGAGACGUGAAGUGUGAGUAUAUAGGCGUGUAUACGUGGGAAGAUGAGCUAAUUAAAGUUCUAAGUGACGAAAAAUUUGUCAUAGAAAAGUUAGACGUGGUGAUAUGAUAGUAUCGCAUGAUUUAAGAGCUGUGAGAACAACGAAUCCGUAUAUAAGUUAAAAGUGAAAGCGUCGUGGCGUAAAUGUCAAUAGGGGGUGCUAACGGAAGUGCAACCAGCAGCCGCGCCCAACGCAGUAAGUUAAAACUGACCAAAUUAAAUAUAGUUCUGAAGAGUUGUAAAACAAGUACUGCGCUGUAAAACUAACCCUUUAGCUAGAAGCUGUGGACCUCUGGGGCCCUCUGCUCGAUGUGGAUCGAAUUUAAUAUCAAGUGUCAAACACUAUGGAUUGUUUGCGAUAUCAUUAUAUUUCCAUUAUAAUAAUAGGCGGAUCUCAGUGACCUGUGAAUUCAUGUUUAAUCUAUGUCUGUCUCAAUGUAUAUCUCCACUGAUGUGGCAAUAUACGAUUUUUUUUGGUAGUCCAUGAGCAAAUCAGGGUUACAACAUGACUGUGUGUCCUAGUAGUAAUAUUAGUGAAUGUUUAUAUUCUUAUUUUGUUUUUCGACCUGGCAAACGUUUUUUUGUCAAAUUUUCCAAGAGUCACAUUUCUGGCCCUUACAACCAGCACAAAUAUUCAGAUUUAAAUAAUUACCUGGGAAAGUUCGAGGUAAGAUACGUGCAGAUUUUUUCUGCUAAAAACCCUAUUGUAAAAUUCGUUCAAGUUGGGACGCGGUUCCGUGCGGUUGAUGGUGGUUAUUCAAGAGAAAAAGAAAUCAACUGUAGCCUGCCUGUAGUGUGCUAAAUGUAUGAUGUGUGUCUGCGUAAUACACCUGUGUUAUGUAAAUGCUGUAUACUCUUGUACAAAAGUCCUGUAACAAACAGCAAACGAAAGUGUAACAGAAAUGGAGGCAAAAGGCAGAUUCAAUCAGCUGUUUUACCUAAGAGAGCCAUAGCAUGGGACACACAAAAGAGGCAGGAUUAGCAGUUAAAAACAAGAAACACCUGUGAAAGGCAUGAGGUUAUGCCAUCUUGGAUUAUAUGAGAAACAAAAAGGAAGGAAGAUUUCUCAAAUAUAUAGUUGUGAUGGAUUUGUGCCGUACCUGAUCUUAACCAAGGCCGGAAACCGAAUGACGAGUUCGCCGACUUCUUGAGAGAAGAGUCAGUCAUUACGGCUAUUAUCCAUAACAAAGAAAAUAAACAGAAAUACACAAACACGACACACAUACACGGAUGGUAAAUGUAAUUCAACUAAAAAAACCGACAAAAGAGCUAAAUGAUCAGGUUAAGUAAGGAGGGCAAAUAAGCGAUGAAUGCUUGAGAUGUGAAAAAGUAUAGAAGUCUGAUGGUUGAAAAGUGAAUGACAUGCGUUAGUACCAUGGGUGACCAUUGAAUGUAAUGUACAUUAGUGGUAGUCAGGUGGGGCAAGGGCAACAACACACCUGAGGGGGGCGUCUUGUGCUGUAUGUAACGGUAUAAGCGAAGGGGUGAAGGAUCGAAAAAAGUUGAGGGUUUCAUUCCUCCUCCGUGACACACACAAUAGUAACCGUGAAAUCGAACGACAUCGUUGUGCAAAUCUGCUUUUGUCUCGUAAGCGAUUGCAUCGAAUCAAGUAAUGUAAAGAUUUCACGACAAGAAGAAAUGGCACGGGGGUGAUACCGUAUCGGCGGGCGGUAGUGAUCUAAUGGUAUAUAUAUAUUAGUGAUGUCAAUUUUAACCCAGCUGAAGCUAGCGGACAAAAAGAAAGUGUGGAAUCCAUGUUACGAAUCCUCUGUAAAGUACCGAUCAUAUUCCAAUAAUGAUCACCUUCGAGAGAGUGUUCAACUGGCUAAGAUAGAAGUUGGGUGACAUAAUAAUAGUUAGAAGUUCAUAAUGAAGAGACAAGCUAAUAAAAUAAGUGUGAUCAGACAGCGAGAAAGAAAUUAUGAUGCAACGCGGCAUCGAAUUACAAAUUAGGAUUGUUGAAAAGGGGUUUCAGAGUGAUGCGCCAGGCAGAAACACAGAUUAAACGUCCUCAUUAAAUAUUCACGGUUGAUUUACCCUGCAAGAAAUACACCAGCAGGGGUGGAAAUACCGAAAACAUGAUGAGAUGAUAUGAAACGGGAAUAAAGAUCCAUGACGAAACUUAGAUUGCUAAUAUUAGCAUAUUACUAUUAUUACUACUAUCAGCAAACCGGUGGCAAACGCCCAUGUGGCAGCCGGGCUCAGUGAAAGUUGAAAAUGAGGUGGUACGCCGAGCUGAUUAACGGCUGCCUGCAGAAUGGAGAAAUCUCGCGAUAGUUACGUGCAUAAUUACUAAAGAAACAAAAACUUCUCAAAUUUUGUGCUACGCAUCUUCCAUAUAUACUACGUUUGUAAAUCAUCUAUGCCAACUUCAUGGUCAUGUAAAUAAACAUAGACGGACAUAUUAUAAUGAUAACAACUCAACAAACAGAAACCCGCAGACACACAUCUGUUGUUUCUUCCCCAAUCAGCAAAAUAUAUCUUAACAACUCAGCUGAGUUUUUAUCCAUCCAUCCAUUCAUUUUUGAUAUUUUCGCUGUUCGAAGCUAAGAUGAAAAUUCUUAUCUAAAAAUUGGCGCGCGUAUACACAGAUACUUGCAUCCAUACAAUUAUAUGCAUACAUAAAUAUAGCCAAACUAUGAAGCCACGUGAACUUAGCAUGACGCCACGUUUUAUAAACAAUCAUACGACAUUGAGAUUAAGCUAAUGAUAAUAGUAAGUAAAACUAACGGAUGGAUUUAGACAUUGCUGAGCAUAGAUGUUAGAACACUGUUUUCAAAAUUUCGUAGUCUCGGCACUUUGUGCUGACUCUGUUGUUAAGCAAAAUCAACGGUUUUGACUUCGGGGACUCCCGACUAAAGUGGAAAAGGAAAGCUUCAGUUGAACGAUUGUAUACACGGAAUCUACUCAACUGUCGUGACGUGUGCGUGUGCUAAUGUAAUACAGCUUGUAAUUAAUUAUUUAUGCGAGGGACGGCUAAAUAAGGUAACAAGCAGUGGUUCUAUUGAAUUUGUUUCUACGUCUGCCGAUUAUUUUUAUCCAUGUCGUCCACGCCACAGUUGAAUAGUGUUGUUAAUAGCGGCAACAGUAUCCUUAUAUGCAGAUAAUAUGGCAAAGAUAAAAAAUAUCAAUGCAAAGCUGUAUAAGUAACGGGAGAGCUGCGAUUAUUCCGAUAGUGGUCAAAACGAUACAACAACAGCAAGAACUCGACAAUAAUUUUAACAAAACGGUUGACGUGCUCAUAACAACUGUGUUUCUAAAAUGUAACUUUGUGACGGUUCAAAUAAGAGUCACCAAUGUUUUAAUAACUAAACUAGCGUUUGAACUAUUCAUAUCAUCCAAGUUCGGCGCAAAGCAUACACCAGAAAUACACUAAGCACAAUAAGCGUAGCAGUUGUACGACAAUCUGCAGAUCAGUCUUUUAGAUCUCUAUAUACAAGAAGUUUUCUGCUAUAUAAAUGCCGCUAUUACUAUUAUUACGAUUAUUAUAUAUUAUGCAUUUCAUAUUAUAGUUAUUCUAAGUAUAAUAAUACGGAGGGUAAGGACGAUAAAUAAUGAUAAUAGUAAUGUUCACAAAGGUGAAAAUGUCUAACCCACAAAUGAACCUCACACCAUCGAAAAAAGGGGGUGCUCAAUAAAAAUAUUUAUAAUAAGUGAAACCAACAAUUUGGAGCAAUUGCCUAUAAGACCUGGAGACACAAUAAUUGAUGAUGUAGAUAACAAAGGACCUAAAAACAUAGAUUCGGCGAAAAUUCAAUGAGGGGACGUGUUCUUGACGGUCACAUGUCUAAGAUGGAAGAUAACUGCACAUUGAGCAAGAUGUAUCCGGGCAAAGGGAAAU